ACCACCCAAAUAGUACCUGCUCUGUGAGGGUCCAUGUGGUCCUGACCACUGAAGAACAGAUGGACUACAGUCUGUAACUGAGCUACAGAGUGCAGGUGAUGAUGUUACGGCUGACCGGUGUGUCUAAGUGUGUAUCUGCGUGUUUCUGUGUGAGUGUGUAGUUUAAUGUCAGUGGGUUUUAUUGAGGUCAGCGCGUCACGUCAUGACCUGUAAAGCUGCUAAGACUAUGAGGAACAAGCUGCAUGGUUCACGUCCUUCUCUGGGAAAAAUGCAAGGAAAUCUUUCGUUUAAUGUCUGUGUGACUUCAGCUUAAAGGAGCACUUCACACAAGGUGCUAGCGUGCUAAAAUACUAGCUAACUGUUAGCGAAGGUUAGCUAGCACGCUUAAGCGUGAAAAUGCUAGCUGAGUAUUAGAGAAAGUUAGCUAGCGCGUUAUUGCGCUUAAGCGUGAAAAUGCUAGCUGAGUAUUGGAGAAAGUUAGCUAGCGUGUUAUCCCGCUUAAGCGUGAAAAUGCUAGCUGAGUAUUGGAGAAAGUUAGCUAGCGUGUUAUCCCGCUUAAGCGUGAAAAUGCUAGCUGAGUAUUAGAGAAAGUUAGCUAGCGCGUUAUCACGCUUAAGCGUGAAAAUGCUAGCUGAGUAUUAGAGAAAGUUAGCUAGCGUGUUAUCCCGCUUAAGCGUGAAAAUGCUAGCUGAGUAUUAGAGAAAGUUAGCUAGCACGUUAUCGCACUUAAGCGUGAAAAUGCUAGUUAAGUAUUAAGUACAUUGGCAGGGCUCCGUUAGCACUAGGCUAAUCAUGCUAACUGGCUCCUGCUAGCGUUGACGUUCCGUGUGAAGUAUUCCUUUCGGGAAUUCGACGUCACUGACGGCUUCUCUCUUUCCCCCGACCCUGUCUUUCCAUGCACCCUUCUGUUCUUUGAUGCACGUCUUUUAAUCCUGUCGUUUACUCGCCCAGAUGUUCCAGCCCAUCAUUUUACUCAUCCUCAUUUUAGUGCUCUUCUCCUCGCUCUCUUACGCCACCAUGUUUAAGCUCGUUUUCCUUUUCACCCUCUUUUUUGUCCUGUGAUCUCCGCCCAUCCUGUCGUUAGCACAGCUCCCGCCCCUUUGUUUUCGUUUCUUUGUUGAUGUCGUGUGCGUUGCCAUGGUUGCAGAAUUACAGGAGGCUCACAGCCUGCAGUGUCUCUCUCAAGCACACAGGACUACACUACCCAGAAUGCAUUCUUAACUCAUAAGAACUACAUUCCCCAGAGCUCUGGCUUGUGGCUCCUGCUACCCAGACCCUGUGCUUUUUUUUGCCGUUGAGGACUUCAGCUACUCAACGGAACGUCCAGGGAGAACAUUUCCAAUGCCUGUGCAUGUUUACUGUCCCUAAAAAACAAACAAAAAAGGAUUUCGCCACAUGCACUGCAGCGCCACUGGAGACUACAUUACCCAGAGUGCACGUCUGUCAUCGGGGACUCCAACUUCUACCAGUCUUUUGCUUUAAAUCUGCUGUAAAGGACAACAGUUACUCAACGCAAGCGCCAACGCAGACUGCUCAGCACUACAUUUCCCAGAAUUCCUGCCCGAAGACGGCGUUAAUGCCUCUGAGCGGCCUUCGUUUCUCCAGAGAGGCAACCAGAGAGACCGGCUUCACUCAACCUGAACUUUUCUGUGCCACCAUACCAUUUUUGAGAUACUGCUGAUAUUUAGUGACUUCUCUUGGAAGGCCAGGGGAAAAGCCAAGGAUACGGAAAGACACACACAGUGAUGGCAGCCCUUGAGCUUCACUGUGGACUGGACCAUGGCGGGCGUGUGUGGGGGGGCGAGCGAGUGGACCUGGACUCCUUUGACUCUGAGAUGCAGGAGUGGGAGGAGCAGCUACAAGACAUGCAGAGAAAGAUAGAGGAGUUAUAUAAAGAAGUGAAAGCACGCAGAGGAGCUGCUGAGAACAGCCCAAACUCCAGCACAGACACCCCGAACCUGGACAUCACCUUGCUUCCUGUUAACACCACAAACCACUGCCAUGGCAACAGUUACAGAGGUCCGCCUAGAUGCCACAGCAACAUGAGUGAUGUCCAUCCAGUUGGUCAGUGCGCUGGGACAAGAAACGAUCUCUCGGUGGAGCACGCCAACGGCUAUAAUCACCCAAGUGAUUACUCAUACUCUAACGCUUCAGUUAAUCAUCACAGCAAUGGGUUCUACUGCCCUGAAGGAUAUCGGGUUAAUGGAGGCCAAGACGUCACUUUAGACAUUCUGAAUGGAUACCUUGGGCAAGGACCUGAUUACAGACAGAGCCAUGGUCAUCCUGGACCUCAAAACUUGAGCUCCAGGGGGAACCAGGGUGUUUACUGUUAUCAGGACGGUAGUAAACAGUGGCCUGUGACUGGCAGAAUUGGCGAGUAUGAGGAAGUGGAGAACACGAAGAACGAAGGUCUGGAUGACGUCCAAGGCCGUCACGUCAGCUGGAAAGAUCCCAUCUGCUCCAGAGAGCCGUCCCCAGAGAAAUCGGCCAGCAGACCUCCGGUCAAACAAAGAGACAGCCCUCCAACUCCUGUCCUCCCUCGCUCCACCCACUUUACUGAGUCGCCACAACAACAGGACCGGAAGUGUCCCUUGGUGGACAGGAAAUGUGGUGGCAGCCCGUCAGUGUUGCGCAAGUUCGGCGCCAUGUUGCAGGAAAACGAGGGGAAGACCCUGAUCCAGGAUGGGACGGUCACCACUGUGAUCCCAGUCGAGCCCCCGAAAGCCCAAAAUACGCCCGUCUGCCAGCGCAAGUUUGGCGUCAACAGGUCGUCCGCACAUGCGCCUGUCCAGAAGUGUCUCCUUGAGUCUAGUGUGUCGGCGGAGUUCAGCCAAGAGCCUCGGGCACCUCCUGGCCCCAGACAUGUGGUACAGUACGGAGAACACAGGGGCUCUAAUUACGGCACCAGCCCUUCAUAUACCCACACAAAGGCACCACACAGGGUGGAGACAGGGGCGAACAGAAAAAUGGGCGUCCAGCCAGGCCAGUGGGGAUCCCAGGCAGUGGACCUCCAAUCAGAUUACAGGAUGGUGGAGAGGAUUCUAAGCAGCUGUGCUGGUUCUCAGUACCAGGGAAAAGGACAGGGUGCAGAUUCCGGCCAGGGAAGGGACAGCAAGGUUCAGUUUCUGGACGUGAUGAAAGGGGAGCAGCAGUAUACAGUCAGUCAGAAGAGCGCUCAGCAGGUCAGCCGUGAGUCGUCUCCCAUCAAUCCCAGAAGGAGUUUCUCUCGUCCUGCUCGUCCAGCCAAUCAGCGGCCUCCAUCCAGAUGGGCAAGCCACUCCCCCACAGCUAAAAUUGCCACACCCUCUGGCCCCAUGCACCGCCUACCCAGCCCUGCCCGCAAAUCCAGGCAGCCACAAAGUAACUUCAGCAACUUCAACAACGUCAAUAACUUCAGUCUGUACACAGAAACGGUCAUCAUGUGACCGUCAUUUGACCUCCUGGAUGGACAGAAUGACUCAUCUCUACUUUUGACCUUUCUAGAUCAUCUUUUCCAGCCUACACCCCCCCACCCCCCUUAUCAUUGCCUCUAUCUCUGUAUAUAGCGCUUGUUUUUCUAAAGCUCGGUCAAGACGAAUGGUCAGUUGAAGGAGGAACUUGAGCCUUACUUAUCGCCCUUCCUUUAAAACCUUUAAAAUCCAUUACUGUAAAACUGCUGGUGUUUAAACUGCACUGGUGUAAAUGCGGAUGUGACGCGUUCGGACUGUGAAACUGAUCUAAGGUGGCCUGAUACACUCCUGUGCCUAUAUGUCCUUCCAUUAGCCUUUCGGCCAUCUCCAUUUCUUCCUUUCUUUCUAUCAUUCUCAUUUUUUUAUCAUAAUUUUUCUUGUUUUUGCAUUGUUUUCUUCUUUUCUUCGUGCGUGCGGUUCUGGUGGUGCCAGCCUGUUGCCGUUUAGCUGCAGCUUUGUGACGCAGCCUGUACAAAGCAUGCACAGCUGCAGCACGUGGUAGUUUGUGACGCUGGUGCAGUCGUGCUGUGGUAUCGAGUGUGAUGAGCAAGUGCAAAAACAGUGUGCCAUUGUUUUUUUUUGUUUUUUUUUCUGUUUCAAUGUCAUUGAAGCAGCUUAAAUCCAUACACUGUAGUGUUUCAGCCUGAAGCUCAGCAAACCUCAACUCCUCAUUGACCUUCACUGAUUGUCACGAGGCUAAAUUAAAACUUGAAGAUUUCUGUUUUAAAAAUGGUGAAAAAAUAACACCUUUUGGGAAAAAUACAGUGUAAUUUAUCAGUAUAAACGACAGGAAUCACACCUUUGUAUCAUGAAUAUUACACCGCUCUUUGGAGUCGAGUAGACCAGACGUUUUGGAAUCUAAACAGUAUUGACUGUAUUUUCUGUGUAGUUCACAACACGGUUCAUUGAUCUAAAAUGGUAAUAGUAAUAAAAUGCAGGCUUUUGUUUCAUGGGCCGCUCUUUGGAAUCACACAGACCAAAAAAUCCACUUGCUGGGCAGGCAAACAAUUCCAGUUUACAGACCCAUCACUGUGGGUGGGCCUUAGGGGGCUGUGCCCACCCAUUUGGAGUGCUAGGACCACUCAAACACAGGUUUCCAUACGCUUUUUAUAUAGUCUAAAUGGCUUUGAUUUGACAUGGAAAUGAAACGUUACUCUGUUGUGGUGAAAACCUGGCAAAGAAUUCAAUAUUCAAUAAAGCCUGUAGCAAAUAAGCAGCAGUCUUAGAGCUGAAGCGCUUAGCUAGUAUUUGCAGCUUAGUGGUAGAAAUUCCAAGCUUUGACUUCCCGCUGCUGAGCCGAGUGGUCCUCGUGUCUAAUUGGAGCGUUUAGUGUUCAGGUAGAACCGGAACACUUGAUACUCGCUGACGCUUUCAAAAAAUGUAAAAAAAAAUAAGGAACGUUCUGUUGUUAUGGUUACAGGGUGAAAGUCACAUGAGGUACUUGUUCCUGGCGACACUUUUCCAUACAAAAGUUGCGUGAACACAGCGAAAUGGCUGGAAUAAGCAGCCACACUGUAACUGGCAAAACCUCAAACUUGCAAGUUUACACGUUUAGCAGAGGGAGUUCUGUGUGGCACCGAAACCGAAUUGUCUCUCAACAAUAAUGGAACCCUUUUUGCUGCUAUACAGAACUAUUUUUAGAAGUGCUCUUUGAAGAACCAUGUACAAGUGGUUUUCCGUCAUAGUGAGGAACCUGUUUGGCCAUGCCAAGAACCAUUAUGCGUGCGUCCAAAUGGGCUUUUCUGCGGAACCCUUGAAGAAGAAUUCGACUGAUAUACGUUUACGUGAUUGUUAUCGGGCCCUGCGAUGGACUGGCAACCUGUCCAGGGUGUAUCCUGCCUUCGCCCGAAGACUGCUGGGAUAGGCUCCAGCACCCCCCCCCGCGACCCUGACGGAGAAGCGGCUUAGAGGAUGGAUGGAUGGAUGGAUGGAUUGUUAUCGGUCGAUUGGGUGGUUGAAAAUUGCCCAUGCCAGUGCCAACCGGUUCACGUCCAAAUGCCCAGCUUAAAAUUUGAUUAAAAACUGCUCUAAAGUCAAGCAAAUUCAAACAAAGCAUUUGAAACAGGUAAUGAUCUGGACAUCCGUGGAAGAAUGCUGAAUUUCAGUAAAAUCAGUGAAGGUCAAGUAUGGCUUUGAGUGUUCAGUACUGUAACUGUGCUUUAAAACCAACUGUUGUGUGGACUUUUCCAUAGACCUUAGCAGACUGAUCUGCACUUCAGCCUUCUUAUUAGACACUCACACUAAUCUCCUCCCUUGAGUUCAGCACACCAUGAAAAGUGAAUGAUAUAUUUUGACUGGUUAAUGCAAAAGAAGUGGCUUUUAAAGCGGCGAUGGAACGUCGUGAGAGUCUCAGUCGCUGUUGCUAUUACUGUAAUGUGAUGUUUUAUCUCUUUUUCUCCUCUAAUAAAUGCUUUAAAGUGCUUUC